UCAACUGUCCGCCAUGGCUUAGCGUUUUCUAGAGGAGGAGAGAGAGAGAGAGAGAGUAAGAGAGAAGAAGCUCAAUUGUUUUCGUUGGUUCCGUCUUUGAAGAUACUGAUGUCAUCGUCUUCUUCAGAUUCCACGGCGGCGCGUGAUCAACAUGCGCCACUACUCCGCCCGCGUCGCGACGGCUCUUCUCCUUCAUCAGCCAGACCUACAGCUCUCGCCGUUCUCUUGGGAAGGAUCACCGGCCACCGUGCACCGUCGAUGCUUGUGAGAGAGACGGCGGCACGUGCUCUCGAGGAGAGACGGAUCGAUUGGGGUUACUCGAAACCUGUAGUUGCUGCUGAUAUACUCUGGAACGCUGCUCUGGUGCUUGCAUCGGCGGUUAUGCUUGUCGGAACCGUCGAAGAAAGACCUAACGAGCCGAUCAGAGUUUGGAUCUGUGGGUAUGGGUUACAGUGUUUGAUCCAUGUGGUUUUGGUUUGGUCCGAGUAUUGGAGGAGAAACACGACUCGUAGAGCUAGGGAUUUGGAGUCUGGAGAUAGUGCCGCCGAUCCUGGAGAUUACAGUGAGUAUGACUAUGAAGAAGACAGUGACAAUUCAACAACUUACAGUUUUGCAAAAAGAUGCGAGUCUACAAACACUGUGGUAUCAUUCUUAUGGUGGAUAAUUGGAUUCUACUGGGUUGUUGAAGGUGGUGAUAAGCUUUUAGGAGAAGCUCCUAAUCUUUAUUGGUUGUCGGUGACUUUUCUGGCGAUUGAUGUCUUCUUCGCCAUUUUCUGUAUUGUUUUGGCUUGCCUUGUUGGAAUAGCUCUCUGCUGCUGUCUUCCCUGCAUAAUAGCUCUUCUCUACGCCGUUGCAGGAACGAUACAGGAAGGAGUAUCAGAGGCUGAGCUCGGUGUUCUUCCCCUGUACAAAUUUAGGGCUUUCCAUACCAACGAGAAGAACAUUGCCGGACCUGGCAAAAUGGUUCCUGUAUCGACCAAUGGAAUAUGCUUAGCAACUGAAAGAACACUUCUUGCUGAGGAUGCGGACUGUUGCAUAUGUCUGAGCUCAUACGAGGAUGGUGCAGAGCUUCAUGCUCUUCCUUGUAACCACCACUUUCAUUCGACCUGUAUUGUGAAAUGGCUUAAGAUGAGAGCAACAUGCCCUCUCUGCAAAUACAACAUCCUUAAAGGAACGACUGACCAAUCUUGAAGACAAACCCCAACCAAUAAGAGGGAGUAAAAUUCUGCACAUAUGGAUACAGAUUCCAUCUCAUCAAUUUAAACACUUCUGUAUAUAUUUAUAUAACUAUCAAAUCAUGUAUCUUUUGUUGAAAGCAUUCAUUUUUAAAUGUAAAAGAUAACAAUUUACAAGUGCCCUUUACUAUA